AUGUGGUCCCUCUGGCGCGCGUGGAGCGUGUUAGCCUGCGCGUACGCAGUAGCGGCGCAGCGCUUAGAUCAGGACGCCAUCUUGUCGCCGCGGCCGGCUCGGGUGAGAGACCGCGACCUUGCGAAGGCCGAUGAGCCGACCUGCGACCAGCUGAAGGCUAUGUGGAGAUUUUCCAAGAGACAGGCGCGUGCGCCGGAGAUCAUGAAUGAAGUGAGCACGUACCGCGACCCUCUGAUGUACAACGAGUGGCCAGUGUACACUGCCAUACCCCGAGCUGCGCCCAGGUUCAGAUACCAGUAUCCAGCGAUUCCUCGUGAGGCUUACGGCAGGGUUGUGACGAAGGCACCUCCCAAUGUCGUCCGCACUCCUGACUAUGAUGAGAUGUUCGGCAUGCUAAACGUGCCGCACACAUCUGGCAAGAUCCUCCGGUACCCUGGACCCUCACGCCCUCGAGGUGGACCCACCUUCAUGGUUCCUCCGCAGCGAGACAGGUUUGAGGCUCUGAAGAAACUCAUCCGUCAGGAACACGUCCGUGAGCUGCAGAGGAAGUAUGAAGCUGAACAGAAGCAGGAACUCAAAGACCUCACCUCCGGACGCGGUGAUGACUACGUGUACGGCACAUAUGGAGAGCAGGAGCCCCGGGGACUGCAGACUCUUCAGAUGGAGUAUCCUGCUGAUGAGCCCACUUCCAGGCACAGCAAGAAGCCGCCAGCUGGGAGCCGCCAGAUCUCGCAGUUCUCGCGCUACUCCGACGUGAUGCUGCCCCCCUCUCGCCGCGCCAUCUACCACCCCUACUUCGAGUACGCAGCCCCCGAAUUCGUCCCCUACUACUGAAUCUCCUCCGGGCUCUCGGACCCACAGGACGAACCCACGUUCUAGAACAUUCUACUGCAGGGAUUAACUCCCUUAUUGUACAAAACCUUUAUGGGCUUUAAUUCCAAAUAUCAGUACUAAAAUGUCUUAUCGAAAGCAUAUCUUUAACGCUUUCGCUUCGACGAUACUCGUCAUAUAAAAUGCGAGCUUUCUCUGCAUUACCUUUCAAUAUUUUUAUAUUUAUAAACCGAGGUUUUUUCGAUGUAGAUAUGCGAUCUCUGAAUUUUAAUAUACCCUUUUGAAUAAACGCAUUGUAUUUUUCGAUAGGUUUAAGGAUUUAGGAUUUCUUCUUGGAAUGUUCGAGUCCCUAGGUCGAACGGACAUUAAUAAUGUUAUACGGUACUUCCGAUGUGACAAUAAAUACAUUAUAUACGAUUCGAGCAAUUAUCUCAUUGCCGUCAAUUCCAAAUAAGUUAAUCGUGACAAUAAAAUGUAAAAAAAAAUGUAAUCUGACAAUAAACUGUAUGGAUGUUUACAAUUUGAUGUUUAGUAGAAUUUUAAGCGUGAGAAGGAAAUAUCCAUUUAUAAAUUAGGUGUUUAAUAUUGGAGUAUUAAAAUCGGUGGCUAGCCAGUUGGAAGUUAAUAUCUGCUUUUCGCUUCGAUUCGAUUCGUUUUCUGAGAUUUGCGCUACAUGAAAUGUGUAAUAAAUAAAAUAUCAGAUUACGUUCUUGAUGUGAAGAAACUUUUUAUUAACGUUAUGAGGUACAGUCUGAGCCCGACGACCUCUAACGAAUCGGAGCGAAAAAUAUUUGUCGUACCUUCGCCCUUCAAACAAAUACUCUGUAGAUACCUAAAACGAUAUAUUUACUUGUAAUCAGUAUUAUAAGUUUAUUGUUGUCUUAAGUGUGUGUCAAAAUUAUUAUGAUAUAUAAUUGUUGUAUAAUUUUCAUGCAGUCCGCUGCUCGUUUACAUUGUUUAUUUUCAAUAAUUGGCAGUAUUACUGAAUUGUAGAAGUAACGAUAUCUCAUGAUCUCUAAAUGUUCAGUUAUCUCCCGGAAUAGUUGAUAAUUGUUGUGAUUAGUGGCUAAGUAUAUCGUUACCAUGUAUUAUAAAUCAAAAGCCUUCAGGACGGCUAGGUGGGCUUCGGCUGUGCGGGUACGCGGUACUACGUAAACUUCGAGUGAUACGAAUAGUUGCGCAACCGAAUCCCGACAGAAAAUGCUUUAACUACAUUUAAAUGUUUCAUGUUUAUUGUAAAACAUAGUUAACUGUAAAUUAGUGAUGCGCCGUUCGCGGCUUACUGAAUAUUUGUGUACUAUUGGAUCCUAAUAUAGGAAUGACGCAGCCUCAGCGCGAUGGAUGAGUGCCAUUCCGUCAAGAAGUCACACCAGCAGGCUUUCGAUGUUUUACUCUCAUUAAACAAUGUCAUGUCUAGCCCUCGUGAAAAAUAUCCUAACUUCUGUACUUCGUUGGCCGCCAACGUGAUCUCAAACAGCAUUGCAGAUGCUACUGUAUAAAAUUAAUCGGAAUCGCACUGAAAGUGAAGGCUGUAAUUCUAAGGAUGUUGUUACCUAUUUGUGUACUAUAUAUAUUAUUAUUAUAUCUAAUCAACUAUCGACAUAUAAGUAUCGACGAGAAGUCGGCAUAAACUCACAGACUAUAAAAUUUGGCUUUAAAAUUAUAUUACACGUCAUAAUAUAUUGUGGCUUUAAGAAGUCAAUGAAUUCAUUAAUCUUCUAUUUAUUAACGUGGACUGUCUUACGACGGUCCUUAUCCUACAUGUUACGAUUUAGCGAGAUAUCUAUACAUAUUUUUAUUUACAUAUAAUUUUCUAACAAUAUUCUGUAGAAUUUUACAAAUUAUUUUAUUGUCUUUUAAAGUCAUUUAAUAGUUAGGUAGUUAGUCGAUAAAUACCAUGAGUAGUGUUUAUUGGAUGCGUAUUACAAUUAAACUAGGUGUAUAACUAACGGAAAAUAUAUAUGGAAACAUUUCAAUACCUAAUAGUAGUUCUUCACAGUUACAUAUCCUUAUGAUCACAUCACAUACGUAACUCACACAUAUGAACUUAGCCAUAUCAAUGAAUAUAAAUUAUUGUAGCGAAUUAUCGAAUGCAUACAGCCAAACAGCCGAACCCUGGAUCAAGAAUUAAACACCCAUAAAAUUGGGGAAAUGUUUUACUAUUGCAACACUGCGUGCACGCUGCUGGCACCACUAGAGUGAAAGUGUCAAUGAUCUAAUAAAAUCUUCAAUUAUCUUGUCAAUUUUACAGUUUACUUGAAUUGUCACAUUAUAGAUAUGCAUUCGAUAUUUCAAAAAAA